AUGCAGGAGGCGGAAGAAGAAAUCGCUGAGGAGAUUGAAAUGCUCCUCGCCAUUUGCCCAGAUGAAGUCCAGCGGCACCCAACAGACCCCACCACACUCAUCGCCUCCCUCCCCUUCCGCUUUAUUCUCCAUAUCACUAUUCCCCCGCGCGGCUAUCCACACUCCUCCCGCCCGCAUCUCUUCACGGCGGAGGGGCCAAACGCCCCGCUGGUGAGUGCCUUCGCCGCCCAACUCACACGAGAGGUGCGGGAGACCAUCCCACUCGGGGCCCCAAUGCUCUUGCAGAUCCUCACAGUGGCCCAGCGCAUUGCUGGGGAGGUGGAGGAAACGCACAACUCCGCCAUGGCGAAUGCCGCAGCCAUGCGAGAGGCGGAGGAGGAACAAUUACUGCAGGAACACGCGGAGCGAGAGGCAACAGCGGUGGAAGUAUGGGCAGGAACGCCCAUCAAUGAUCGCAAAUCAAAGUUUGUGGCGCACAUGGCACGUGUGCGGUGUGAAGAGGAUGUACGUGAUGUCGUCAUGCAUCUUCGUCAACAGAAGAGUAUUGCAGAGGCGGCACAUCCCACCAUUUACGCUUAUCGCUAUAUAGAUAGUGCGGGUGUGGUUCAUCAGGACUGCGAUGAUGAUGGAGAAACAGGAGCGGCGGGAAGAAUACUCUUUCUAUUGGAGCAAAUGAAAGUGAAUGGAUAUGUUAUUGUAGUGACACGUUGGUUUGGUGGAAUUCUACUAGGUCCAGAUCGGUUUAAACAUAUUAUGGAAGUAUCGCGAAAUAUGUUGUUAACGAUACCACAACGAGAAGAAGGAAAAGAAGAAGAAGAAGGGCAGCGGUAA